AUGUCAGCUAUUAUAUUUGCUGCCCUCUUGGCUGUAGCCGCUGCCCAGCCCUGUCCUGGCUGUGGACCUGCUUUCUUCGCACCACCGCCCUGCUUCAAUCCGCCAUGUGCACCUCCACCUCCGCCACCGAUGUUCUUCAUGCCGCCACCACCUGCUCCCUGCAUGGGUGUAGCCUGUGCUCCUCCUCCUCCUCCUCCGCCACCACCACAAAUUUUCCUGGCACCGCCACCGUGUGUCGGAGUAGCCUGUGCUCCACCACCACCACCUCCACCACAGGUAAUCUACGCGUUGGCACCACCACCACCACCUCCAUGUGUUGGAGUGGCCUGUGCACCACCGCCACCACCACCGAGGAUCGUGUUGCAAGCACCUCCUCCAUGUAUGGCUCCCCCAUGUGCACCUCCACCUGUCUUCUUGAACCCACCAUGCUCCGGGUUCGGUUGCGGUAUGGCUCCACCUCCUCCACCUCUUCUUUUCGGUUCCGUACCCUGCUGCUCCAUGACGGAUUUCUCAUGCUGCCCCCGUUUGUUCCGUAAAAGGCAAGCUGAUGAAUCUGAGAGAGUGACCGAAGAGGUAGAGGAAACGACAGAACAGCCUAAGGAAGUAACAGAAGGGACUGAACAAGUUGCAGAAACUUCUGAAACAGGAGAGGAGAAAAGAAACUAG